AUCAGGACACUUGCUAACUACCUUCGGGUGAUGCAGGAGCCAUUAGAGCUGCGAACUUCCCGGCUUCCUUCCCGGCGUUCAGCAUCCCUGCAUCGUAGCACGUUAAUUUUUCUUUUCUCGGUCGGGUGGAUAAAAUGAAUAAUGGGGCGCUUGGAUCAUUGUCCCCUGACUUGGUGAGCAGCCCACAUCUGAAGGCAAUCCCCGGCUUGAUGGAGGGCUGGUUGCUGCUUGCUGCAUCUGAAAGGAAACAAAGUGAGAGUGCGGUCAUGUUUGAAAAGAUGUGGAGUUUUGUUGUCAUUGUUCUUCUCUGGCAAAUAAUGUGAAUUUUGUAGAAGCAUGAGGUGUUGGGUGUGUGUCUAAAAGUGAUUGGAGUCUGUGAAAUCUACGGAAAAACCUGUCUAAAACAGUCUCUUCUCUGUAAAGAGUGAGACAUCCUCCUAUCUGAUUUGUGAAUCUCAUUGAUUUCCUUUUCGUCAAUUUAUCAGCCUGCCUGACAGCACCAGCCUGCAGGUACCUUAAGCAGUAGGAGCCCCCUUAACAAGGGGGCCAACUGGAUUCAGCUGAUGCUAUUGGGCCAGCAUUUCUCCCAUUUGCUUUGUCCCCCCUGAGCUCUUACUGGCUCUCCCCCCUUUCCAUCUGGGAGCCAAGUGCCCGUGCUGUAUCCAGAGAGGAUCAAAGUGUGACAGAAGUGCAUCUGGUUCUGAAGGUGUACAGGUGCAAAGUUGUCUGUAGCCAUAGUGUUGUGUCUGCAUGGUGAGAGCCUGGCAGGAUCAGGUGGUAAGAUUUACUUUGGUGCUGUUGGUUUAGGGAUGGAAAGUGCACGUGCCCUUGGAGACCCUUGGAGGAAUCUUGGUUUGGUUGAUUUGCAAGCACCAGCUUGCUGGCUAGGAGCUGGUGCCCUGAGGUUGGUGAUGCAGGGAAGAACCCCAGAGCGACACGGGGUGCUUCUGUGGCAGGGUACUCACAGCAGCCAGCUGCAGUUUUCCUGGUCCAGUUGCGUUUUCUGAUCUUUUCUUCUCUAAUCCACUGAGCUCUGUGGGAGUCAUCUCUGAAGUAUCUCCAAAGUUGUUAGCUGUAGAUAGCUACUGACUGAGCGCAAUCAGAUCUGGCCGUGCAGGGAGGGGGCACAGGAAUGCAGGAAUGUCUUCCUCCUGGGGCAUUUCCUCCUGGGGAAGGAAGAUGGGAAGGCAUCCUUGUCUGUAAGUAAUCCAAGAGCAAAGCGCUUCUCCCUUUGCAGACAAUGAAUCGUUUCAGCAAGCUGACACUGUUAUUUGUGGCUCCUGGCAGAGCGGAUGCGAGCUUUCUGCCAGGCACUUGCUGCAAUCAGUGCCAGCCCCAGCCCUGCUGCUCGUCUGGCUGGGAGAGAAGCCUUUGUGUGCAGCUGCAGGAACCACAGUGGUGCUUCUGGAUGGACAGUUGUUGUCAGUCCCCUUGGUUACAGUCACCGACUCUGGUCCCCGUACCACUGAGGGGCAGUUAGUGGGCAUGGUGGGGGUGCGUUGGCGGUUGUGCUUGACGGUCUUAGAAGCCUUUUCCAACCUUAAUGAUUCUAUGAUUUUAUCUCCAUGCUUUUUUCCAGAGAGAGGAUGUCACUUUGGGAAGGAAACCUUUCCCACCUGGCUCUGCUCUGCAAGGCUGUGAGCAGCUCUUCCAAGACCUCUUCCCCUUCCCCUUGAUCUAAGCCUUGCGUGAGGCUGGUUCUGCAUGCUCAUUAAACAGGGAAUUAAAUCAUGUAGGAAUGCUGCUUGUUUGAUGUCUUCUCUCUUGCAUAGUUAUGCUUAGAAGUUGAGGCUUUUUAAGUGAUUGUGUGGGCUUUAGCUAAGCUGUGAAGAAAGCCUUGUAAACAAUGAGCCUUUGUGACGAAGGCAGAAUGAGUAUAACUUGGUGACCUUAAAAGCAACUGCAAAAUGAACAGCGGAGGACAGUGUAGAAGACGCGUUGGGCUCUUGCUCUGAGCCUCCAGGAUUUGAAGAUGUCUGCGUGCAGUGACUUUGUGGAACACGUGUGGAAGCCUGGCUCCUGUAAAAACUGCUUCAACCCAAAGAGUUCCCAUCGGCUGCAAACACCCCCAGACGUGGGAGCAUGCGGCGUGCUCCCGAAUGGAGGUAGGAGCAAGCCCGAGAGCCCAGCGUUGGAAGACGAAGGCGUAAAUACCUCUGUGUUCUCCAAGCCAACCAUUGCUGUGAAGCCAACUAUGAUCAACUCAGAUGUUUCUGACACGUGGGCGGAUGUGAAUAUGAAUUCAGAUCUGUCACAGGUUGGCUGGGGAAUGGUUUCCGGUAAACAUCUCCUUCUGAAGUCAGGCGACUCACAGCGGAUCUGCCUCGAUGGGUUUGGAGCCAGCGGCGUGAGAAAACCCUUCCUGCACAGCCCACCACGCGACUGCCUGUCCUGCUGCACGCCCAGCUAUUCCAUGGUGGGCCUGCGUGGCCUGGAGAGCCACGUGGAGAGGAAUGUCUCCAUCCACAGCUUGGUGCUGGUGGGCGAGGUGGGCAAGCAAGAGGAAAGAGCCAAGGAGAAGUCUGCCCCGUCACAUCGGCCCCUCUGCCCUAAUCUGGGGGACAGAGGUGUUGUGAGCUCUGGCAGAAACCUUUCACCCCCAGAGGGUGACUGUGGCCGCCUCUGCUCUGGUGUCGAAGGGGAAGGGGGAGAGUACUGUUCGAUCGCAGAGUCCCACAGAGAGAGCCUGGCUCCCCGCAGCUGGAGGCAGAGGGAUACUGUGGAGCUCUCCAGGCUGAGUGGCAGGGCGGCGAAGUUCAGUGAGGAGGAGCGCAGGGCUGUGAAUGUGGCCUUCUGCAUAGCGAAGGAGCGGAGCGAUCUGCUCCCCUACACCUUGUGUGCAGAGAGUAAAAAGCCGACCCGUCAGUCUGACCCUGCUGCCCUCCCUGAGAGCAGCAGCAAGAUGGCUGCCUCUGCGCCGUGCCGGGAGAAGGAUGACUUGCUUCUCCCCAGAGACAUGGAUGGAGGCUCCAGGCCUGAGGGACUGAACGCUCCCCAGCAGGCCUUGGUGGAGCCGCAGCGUGCCCGCCUCACUGAGCCGGCCCGUGGGGAUCCCAUCUAUGCCGAGAGCACCAAGAGGAAGAAAGCCCAGCUGAAGGGGGUUGGUGGAUGUGUGGAUGCAGAGAAGCUGGCCGGUGGCAAGGAGCAGGCCGAUGGCACGUGGAGGGAUGGGAGCUGGCUGCUGGGUGCUGAAAAGGAGCACCAGGACUCCACAGCCCAAGUGGCAGCAAAGAUAACGAUUAUGGCUGCGCACACGGAGGAUGACCACAAGACAAUAUUUCUCAGCAGCCCUGACUCUGCUGUGGGCGUUCAAUGGCCAUGUGUCAGCCCUGCUUCCCACCCUGAUUUUGGGACUUCAUCACCCGCUGUCGAGCCUGGAGAGAUUUUUCAAGCAUCUGGAAGUGAAAAUGGCCCAAGGUUUCACUUGGCAGCUCCUACCAAAAACACAGUUAUGGAGAGCCCAGCCAUCCCCCCAAAGAUGUCCAAAAACAGCCAGCAGGGCAGUGAGGAGAGCCAUGUAUCCCCAGUCAGUUCCUCUGUGACAAAGCUUGGUGACACCAGUAGUCAGGAUGGAGCUGGGGCUCAGCUGCCAAGGAGCUGCGCGGAUACAGGUACCUUCAGGACAUCUUCUUCUCCAUGCACUCACGUUAAUGGGAUUUCUGUGGAAGAGUCCAGCAGAAGCCUGGCAGGCUCACCCUAUGACAGGAGGCAGAAAUACUACACCCCUACAUGGGCCAAGCAGUGCCGGAUAGAGGAAGAGGAAGAGGAGGAAGAAGAGGAAGAGCAGGAGCUCUCAACCCACCCAUGGGCAGUGGGAGCUGAGAAUGGAAGGGCUGGCGCUGACCUUGUGGAAGACUGCCCAGUGCUGGAGAGUCAGGCUGGGAUCAGCAAGUCAUUGUCUUUCUCCUUUGACUUCCCUAAGGACAAGAGCAAUGGGGUGGAGUUUGCACCACCACCGCCGCCACCAAAAAAGCAGUCCAGGCAUGCUCUGAAGAUGAACCCAAAUAACGCUGAGUUGGAGAGGGCCAGCAACAGCUCUGCUGAGAGCCUGAGCCCACCUUUCAGAAGCGUCCACGUCAGCUUCACAGCUGGCUCCUCCGACAGCCUCAACUCUGACACUCAGGCCGGCAGCGAUGGCAGACACUCGUCUGAGCCAAACCACUCACCCCCUCCAGCUGAAAUCCUGGCCUUUCCCCCUGUCCCCUUCCCUCCUGCCUCCGGUGAUGACAGUCUCUCUUCUGUCUCAAGCCGCCCGCCUCCUCUGCCUCAGAAAAAGACAGUGAGCAGGACAGUGUCCUCCCCAGAUGGCUUUUUUGGGGGACAGGGGUCUUCAGGCAGAGCAGCUGGUACUGCUUGCCCCAGGCUGAACGUCAGCCAUUCUGAGAGCAACGUCUGCCUCCAUGAGGACUCUCCUUUCCUCCACCCGGCCAGUCUCAGAGGCCACCCCAGCAUCUUCUCCUCCUCAGAGUCCCUGGAGAAAGGCUCCAAAGGAAAUGGCUACUGGGGCUCAGCCACCAGCAAGAACACAGGGACCUGCGUCCCCAGUAGAAACCUCCAGUCCCGUUCUUCCUCGCAGCUCAGCAUGUCCAGCCAGGUAUCAUCAGGCUCCAGCCUCCAGCUCCACAACCUCCUGAGCAAUAUUGACAGCAAGGAGGGGGUAUACGCCAAGCUGGGGGCCCUCUACGCUGAGUCCUUGCGCCGCCUGGUCGCAAAGUGUGAGGAUUGCUUCAUGCGGGAGCAAAAGAAUGAGCUGCACUUCAAUGAGAACAACUGGUCGCUUUUCAAGCUGACGUGCAACAAGCCCUGCUGUGACUCAGGGGAUGCAAUCUACUACUGUGCCACCUGCUCCAAGGACCCUUCCACCACCUAUGCUGUGAAGAUAUGUAAAACUCAAGAGUCCAAGGUGGCUGCUUCGUACUGCAGCCCCCCAGUGCCGGUCCACUUCAACAUUCAGCAGGACUGUGGGCAUUUUGUGGCCUCUGUCCCCUCCAGCAUGUUGCUGGCCUCCAGUGUGGGGAAGAGCAUGUCUGGGGAUGGCCUCCGUCCCUCCCGCACCACCAGCGAGCAUGACUGUGUGGUGGUCAUCACCCGCGAGGUGCCAAGCCAGACCACCGCCGACUUCGUGAGGGACUCGGUGGCACUGCACCAAGCCAAACCUGAGAUGUACGAACGUCGGGUUUGCUUCUUGCUCCUCCAGCUCUGCAAUGGCCUGGAGCAUCUAAAAGAGCACGGCGUCAUCCAUCGGGACCUGUGUCUGGAGAACCUUCUUCUUGUCCCCUGCAAGCCCCCAAUGAGCUGUGCGAAGGCCAGAGAUGACAGAAAUUUGCCCCGCCUCAUCAUCAGCAAUUUUUUGAAAGCUAAACAGAAGCCAGGAUCUGGAGACUCCAAACUGAAGAAGAGCCAGGCCCGGCUGGCCCCGGAGAUUGUGUCAGCUUCUCAGUACAAGAAGUUUGAUGAGUUUCAGACUGGAAUUCUCAUCUAUGAGCUCCUGCACCAGCCCAACCCCUUUGAGGAGAAGGUGCACCUCAAGGAGCAAGAGUACAGCCCUGAGGACCUCCCUUCUCUGCCCAGCCUGUCCAUUUACUCCCGGGGGCUCCAGCAGCUGGCCCACCUGCUUCUGGAGGCAGAUCCCAUCAAGCGCGUGCGGAUCACCGAAGCCAAGCGGAUGCUGCAGUGCUUGCUGUGGGGGCCACGGAAGGACCUGACUGAACAGCCCCUCAGCCACGAGGAAGCCCUCCACCAGGUGCUUCAGAACUGGGUGGACAUGAAGCGUGCCCUGCUGAUGAUGAAGUUUGCGGAGAGGGCUGUGGACACGGAGCGGAGCGUGGAGCUGGAGGACUGGCUGUGCUGCCAGUACUUGGCCUCUGCUGAGCCUGUCUCCCUCUCACACACAUUAAAACUGCUGCAGCUGCUCUGACCUUGGACAUGUCUCAGAGGUGGCUGAGGGCUCCCGAUUGCCUUGCAGUGAAAGGUACACAGCCCCAUUAAAAUGUGAGAGGCUUGAAUCUCGGCUGUGAACAUGUGUUCAUUUCCUAUCCUGUGCUCUGAUCAAUGUAAGACGUGGUUAGUACCCCGAGCACUAAUUUGUGAGCAGGCAAAGCUGGGAGCCUACUCCUCUAAAGGAGGACUUUUUUUGUAUGGUAAGUCUGUGGACUAAUAAACUCCUGCCUUUGUGUGCAUGUUUCUCAUGAACAAAA